GCUCCCAUGCCUGAUCCUGCAUCUGUUUAGCUCCCAUGACGAACUCCUUUGCAUUUCCACGUUCUGUUAUACUCCUAGCACUAGCAAUCUCCUCCACACUUUCAGUUCUUCUAGCCAAGACUGGAGCAGAAAAUACUCUGGGGAAAGCAGUUUGCCCCUCUUUCUCUUGUGGACAACUCCAAGACAUCAGGUAUCCUUUCCGUUUGCGAGGUGAUCCACCUGGCCGUGGUGUUCAAGAAUACGAGCUAGUUUGUAGCGAUGGCCAGGCUAUAAUUCACAUCAACACAGGGAGAUACUUCGUCACUAGCAUCUCCUAUAGUGACUCUGUUUUCUGGGUUGUUGAUGCCAGUUUGGAUUAUAGCAGCUGCCCUAUUCCUGAGGGGAAUCAACAUCCUUAUAUCUAUGGAUUGCAAUCAGCUAACACGAUACUGCUCUAUCCGGAUUCAGGCCAAUGGGCUGCCUUCAUGAGUUGUUCACGCAUGAUAAAAGAUGAUGCUAUUUAUAGGCCUGUCGCUUGCCGGAGUACGAGCACUUCUUUUGUUUAUGUGUUGACUACCAUGUUUUCUUAUUCGGUUCGAAAUGUUGAGCCUUCAUGUGGAUACUUGGCCAUGACUCCUCUGGGAAGUUGGCGUCCGAGGCCAAAUGGUUAUGCAAGUUAUGAUUAUGAAGAUGUCGUAAAAUUUAUGAGGACAGGGUUUGCUGUUAGAUUUCCUGGAUAUCAUAUUAAGCUGUUUAUCUUCUCACCAGUCCCUGUUAUAACUUGCAGUAACUUCCAUGAAAAGAUGUCUAGUUCAAACAUCCUAAAUCAGACUUCGGCGAUUGUUGUUAUCGACAUGCAUUUCUUGAGAUGUGUAAAUUACUACUCCCACCAAACAAAAUUAUUUUGGGCAGCGGUGGUCAUAGUAUCUGCCAUAAGUAUUGUGAAGUUCAUUAUCGUGUUUGCAAUAAUAUCCAGAUUAGUGUUUGCACCAUUGUCCGUAUUGACCUUCCUUGCCUACAAGUACUGGCAAACAAAGAUAGCAGUUGACGCAAUUGAGAGGUUCCUCCAGAUGCAACUAGCCCUUGGCCCAACAAGGUUCGCUUACACAGACAUCACUAGCCACUUCAGAGACAAGCUGGGCCAAGGAGGCUAUGGGUCCGUGUACAAAGGUGUGCUUCCCGGUGACGUCCAUGUUGCCAUCAAAAUGUUGGUCAGUUCCAUGUCCAACGGAGAAGAGUUCAUCAGUGAGGUGUCCAGCAUCGGAAGCAUUCACCAUGUCAAUGUAGUGCGUCUGGUGGGUUUCUACUCGAAAGAAAUGAGGAGGGCUCUUGUUUACGAGUACAUGCCCCACGGAUCUCUUGAGAAGUACAUCUUCUCGCCAGAGAAGAGUUUCUCCUGGGACAAGCUCAACGAGAUUGCUUUGGGGAUCGUGAGAGGGAUCGACUACCUGCACCGAGGGUGUGAUAUGCAGAUACUACACUUCGACAUAAAGCCUCACAACAUCCUGUUGGACAGUGACUUCAUCCCAAAAAUCGCUGACUUUGGACUGGCAAAACUGUACCCGAGGGACAACAGCUUUUUGCCAGUGAGUGCUGCCCGGGGAACAGUUGGUUACAUAGCUCCCGAGAUGGUGUCCCAUAGCUUUGGCGCCAUAUCUUCCAAGUCUGAUGUCUAUAGCUUCAGGAUGUUGUUGCUGGAGAUGGCCGGGGGGCGGAGGAAUGUGGACCCACAAGCGUCAAGAAGCCAGACAUACUACCCAUCAUGGGUGUACAAUCAGCUGUCUCGGCAAGAGGUGGGUGAGAUCUCGGAGGCUGUUGGUAUCCAUCAGGUCGAGAGGAAGCUGUGCAUCGUUGCACUGUGGUGCAUCCAGAUGAAGCCAGACGAUCGACCGGCCAUGAGCGAGGUGCUAGACAUGCUCAAAGCUGGCAUCGAUGGCUUGGAGGUGCCUCCCGAGCCUUUCUUCUGCGGGGACGAGUUCGCCCCUGCUGCAGAUUCUUCAGUAUUAUCAAAGAUAAGUACAUUCUCAGAGUGAAAUA